AUGGGUUACUUGUGUUCUCCGUACACGUGUGAGCACUGGGAUCAAGUGUCAGACUUCACUAAAUCUCUGGCGCUCGAUCCAGUGGGUCCUGGGGCGUUCCUGAUCCCGUUCUCGGUGAUGCUGGUGAUCGCCGGCCUGCCGCUGAUGUUCAUGGAGCUGAGCUUCGGGCAGUUCGCGAGCCUCGGCCCGGUGGCCAUCUACCAGGCGUUCUGCCCGCUGUUCCGCGGCCUCGGCUACGGCAUGGUGAUCGUGUCGGCCAUCGUGAUGCUCUACUACAACCUCAUCAUCGCCUGGACCAUCUUCUACAUGUUCGCGUCGCUGCGGCCCGUGCUGCCCUGGCAGAACUGCGAGCCGGAGUGGAGCACCGACAGUGAGUAG